AUGUCAAUGUCCGAACACCGCAGGAAAGAGAUUGAGGCCAAACGCGCAAAGCUACAGGAACUUCGGCGUGCGCGCGAGGAACGUUCCAAGCUCCUAGCGACAGCAAGCACCCCAGGCAGCGGAACAGAGUCGCCCGCACCCCCCGCUUCGAGGAAGGACGUCAACUCGUUCGUUGACAAUGUCAUCGCUGCACGCCCCGGUUCGCCCUAUUCGCGCCCGUCGACGGCAGGUCCGAGUGCAGCGCCAGUACGCACUGCGUCGCCCGUGAGCGCGCCGGGCACACCGGGGAGAACGAGCCGGCUCAGCGAGGUGCGCGUACCGAGCAUGAGUGGGAUGAGCGGGUUUGACGAACCACCACCCGAGGUGACCGUCGAGUUCAUCAACACGUAUGCCGAGAUCUACGAUAUGCCCUCCAAGGCAAUCAAGCCCGAGACGUACUCCAAGUCUGUGCAGACCAUGGUGUCUACCAAUGUGCAGACGGAGGAGUUUGACAAUGUCCCCGAUGGGGCCGGACACGAGACGGAGAACGAGACGUUUAGCCGUAUGGUUGCGCAGCUUGAUGAGGAGCGGCGACAGCUUGAGCGCGAAGUCAAGGAACUCAAGGCCAAGACGGACAGUCUGCAACUGCAAGUUCUUCCCGAUGACCAGAGACAGGCCAUUUUGACCGCACCGGAAUUCAGCGCCUUCCUCGAGGGAAGUAGCCGGAUCGUUCAGCGCGCUUUGAGUGACGGAUACGACUAUAUCAAGGAUUACACUAUUGGGCUGGAUAGCGGGUACGAUGAUGGGGAGGGACAGCGCGUCAAGCUCGUGUGUGCAUUUGCGGAUGAGCGGUGGACCACUGGGCGGAGUGUGACGGACCUCGACUGGUCGCCAAAGUACCCCGAGCUCGUCGCGGCCUCGUACAACAAGUCCCGGUCCGCACCAAACGACCCGCAGGGUAUCGUGGCUGUGUGGAACCUGCACCUCCUUGAGCGACCCGAGUUUGUCUUCCAUGCGCCCUCGGAUGUGCUGUCUGUCUGCCUCUCGCCAUUUCAUCCACAGCUCGUGUUCGGCGGCAGUCAUUCCGGACAAGUGCUACUCUGGGACACACGUGCCAAGCACCUACCAGUAAACAAGACGCCGUUAAGCUCGUCGGGACACACGUCGCCGAUAUACGCAAUGAAGAUGGUCGGCACGCAGAACGCAAACUCUCUCAUCACGACGAGUACGGACGGACUCGUCUGCUCAUGGCAGGCCGACAUGCUAAGCCAACCGCAGGAGGCUCUCCUCCUGACGGUGCCGAGUGGCGGGCCGGCGAGCACGACCAAGACGGACGAGGUGUCGAUCGCUAGCCUCGACUUUGCGGAUAACGAGACGGCAAGCUUCUGGGUCGGCACCGAGGAAGGCUCAGUCUACCAGGCGAACAGGUACGACCGGGCGUCCGCCAAGGCCGGCCUCAACGCUGAUGACGUGUACCGCGGCCACGCCGGCCCCGUUACGGGGAUCCACUUCCACCCCUCUGCUGGGCCGUUUGAUUUCUCCGACCUCUUCCUCACUUCUUCCGUCGACUGGACCGUCAAGCUGUGGCGUGCGCGCGGUAAAACUCACGCACCGGCACAAGCCGGCGUGCCGCCGCUGCACAGCUUUGAUGAAGCGGACGACUACGUUUUCGACGUCAAGUGGCAUCCCUCGCAUCCUGCUCUGUUCGGUACCGCCGAUGGCACGGGCAAGUUUGACCUCUGGAACCUCAAUGCCGAUAUGGAGGUGCCCCUUGUCUCGACGCAGGUAUGCAAGCACGCGCUCAACAAGAUUGCGUGGGACCGCGGCACGGGCCGCAAGGCGGCACUCGGUGGCAGCGACGGCAAGGUGUACGUGUAUGACGUGGCAGAGAAGGUGGUGACGCCGCGCGAGAGCGAGUGGGUCGAGUUCCAGAAGAAUGUCGGCGCGCUCGCAGCCGCGCGCGAUGGAGGAGGCCUGGCAGCACUGGGCGGCCUCAGCGAGCGCUACACCGAACGGUACUACCGAUAA